GUUUAUUGACAACACCCUCAAUUCUUUGCCUCAUGACUUUCCAUAGUCAUUGAGUGAGUCAGCAAGUUAGUGAUGCUGCCAUUGUUUUUGGGUUAUUCUGUCUAGCAGAAAGGUUUUGCUGUUUCCUUAUUGAGACUAAAGUGUCUCGCCGAAACAGCAAAACUUGACUAUCAUCCAAAUUUACCAAUUUUUUCAAAGGAAAUCGUCGUAUCUAUGAUGUCAAAAUCAAUAUCAUCAACAGCAGACAUGGAUAGCAGAGGCAAGCCCGUAGUGGAAGCACCCAAGAACGAAAUUGAUAUAUCCAACGCAUCGGAUUCGCUAUCCAAAGAUAACAUACCAGAGGAAUCUGUUCCAGCGGGCGCACCUCUACAACAAGGAUCAACUUUGAGCCCUGACGAGUUAGAUGGCGAAGAGGCAGUUUAUCCCCAUGGUUUAAAAUUGGUCGUCAUUCUGGCGGCGCUAUGCAUCGCAGUCUUUUUAGUAGCUUUAGAUCAGACCAUUAUCGCAACUGCUAUACCGAAAAUAACAGAUCAGUUCAAUAGCAUACAAGAUAUUGGAUGGUAUGGCAGCGCAUACCUCUUGACCACCACCGCUCUGCAACCGACCUUUGGUAGGAUAUAUACUAUAUUCAGUGUAAGCAAGAAAGUCUACAGAUACUAAUAUAUUGUGCGGAAACUUAUAUAACUCUGCAGAUCAAACUCACCUUCAUCGUAGCUAUAAUCAUUUUCGAAAUCGGGUAAUGUGAUGUCACAAAUAUAGGGAUGGAAUAUAUGAAUUGAUAAAUGGGACAGUUCCUUGGUUUGCGCCACUGCGCCGAAUAGCACCGCGUUGAUAGUGGGUAGAGCUAUAGCUGGAAUAGGAGUUGGAGGUUUAUUUUCAGGAGCAAUAGUUAUUUUGGCAUAUUGUUGUAAGUGCACAGAUUUUAGCCCGGUGGCGAUAUAAAUGGAUGGCUUCAACCGAUUGCAUUAUUCACAUUUAGCCCGUUUUUUAUCUAUUUAUGUAUUCUGGAUGAUCCUGACUCAACAAAUAGUACCUUUACGAAAACGACCAGCUGCGUUUGGUUUGAUGUAGGUGGAUAAACUUUUGUAAAAAGCAAUUGGAGUUGCCUGUUUUUGUUACAAGCACUGACAUGAAUACUAUUCAGUGGAGGGAUGUGGGGAAUUGCUUCUGUCGCAGGACCAUUGCUUGGGGGUGUAUUCGUAAGUCUAGUUCGGAAUUUCACAAGGCAAACACUGAUCAGGGCAGACCGACAAAGUAUCUUGGCGUUGGUGCUUCUAUAUUAAUCUUCCUAUCGGCGCCGUCGCUAUAGCUGUAAUUGCCGUUUACCUCAAGAUCCACCGCGUCAACAACCCCGAGAACCUUUCCAUUCUCGCUCGUAUCAAAAAGCUCGAUCUCAUCGGCACAGCCAUUCUUAUCCCAGGCGUCAUAUGCCUCCUGCUCGCGCUCCAAUGGGGUGGCACAACAUAUCCAUGGAGUUCUGCUAGGAUCAUUGGUCUCCUCAUUGGAUCGAUCUUGUUAUUCAUCUUAUUCAUAACCUCACAAAUCAUCCUCGGUGAUAAAGGCAUUCUCCCUCCCCGCUUCUUUAAAGAUCGCAACACUAUACUCGCAUACGUAUUCGCGUUUCUCUUUGGCGCCGGUUUCUUUUCUCUGAUCUUCUACCUGGCAAUCUACUUUCAAUCCGUCAAAGGUUCCUCUGCAACCAGAGCCGGUAUUGAGCUUCUCCCUCUUCUAAUAUCUACAGUUCUAUCCUCCAUAGUAACCGGAGGGCUCAUCACCGCAAUCGGAUAUUACACUCCCGUGAUGAUUUUCUGUAUGAUAUUAUUCGCCGUCGGCUCCGGUCUUAUCACCACCUUCUCCCUCACAACCCCCAUGUCCCGAUGGUUCGGCUUUCAAGUCAUAACUGGUAUUGGAAUUGGCGUUGGUUUUCAAGGCGGUGUUCUGGUAGUCCAAACCGUUCUUCCACUCGUCGAUGUACCCGUCGGUACAGCAUGCGUAUCAUUUUUCCAGUCCCUAGGCGGUGCCCUCCUUAUAUCCGUCUGUCAAACCCUUUUUCAAAACGGACUAAAAUCUGGAAUAGAAGAACAUGCUCCCCAACUAGAUCCUCAAUUAUUUUUACACAGCGGGGCAACAGAAAUUCGACAGUUGCUAGCACAGCUGCAACAAGAAGAAGCCUUGAAUGCUGUGUUGCAAGCUUACGUAGAAGGACUUACCCGUUGUUAUUGGGUGACUACUGCCUGUGCGAUUGGCAGCUUUAUGGCAGCAUGCGGAUUGGAUUGGAGGAGUGUGAAGAAGGGGCAUGGACAAGAGAAGGAAAUAGAGAGGGAAAAACAAGAGGAUGGAAUAGUGAUUGAUAGAGGAACGAACCAGCCUGGAAAUUUGUAAGAUAUGGAUGCGGCGCACAUAUGAUUGCUUAGACAAUACCACACACUUGUAAAUCUUGUUUUACUAGUAGACCAUCCACUCAGUUUAGCAUUAAUUUUAAGUUCUUUUUGGCUCUUUUGCAAAUC